CAAAAAAAUAAAAAAAAUAAAAAAAAUCCUUCACUGAUAGUCAGACAGUGUCUCUCUCUCUCGGUUCCCCGAAAAACACCGUAAAGUCCUCUCAGUGAUAAACUCAUGAAAGAAACCGGAUGACGGAUAGUUUUAAAGCUGGACUUGUGUGGCUGUUUUCUUUUUCACUAUAAUUGUGUUUUUUUAGAGACUUUACACUGGUGGUGUGCGACGCGACGUCCAAUUCCCCGGGAUUUCCUCUCAUCUCGAAGUUCCCAAGAUGAGCUUCGAUCCGGUGGUCGGGAAACUUUCUGUGUUGGUGGCAACGCUCCUCAUCGGGCUGGUUUGUCAAGCAGCAGAACUUCCAGCAUCUCACUGGUCCAGCGAUGAAUCCACAAACCUCACCCGUCGACAACACAGAACAUGUGUCGAGAAUGAGCAGUACCUCCACCAGGGACUCUGCUGCCUCAAUUGCCAGGCUGGAACCUUUGUGCAGAAGGCAUGUGAGAGAGACCAAGAACAAGGGACUUGUCUUCCCUGUGAGCAUGGACAGACCUACACAGAACACUCCAACGGGAUGAACCGCUGUUUGCCCUGUACACACUGCCGCUCAGAUGAGAUUGAGACUGCAUCCUGCAGCACAACUACAGACACCAGGUGCCAGUGCAGACCUGGUACCUUCUGUGUCCCAGAUCAGGCCUGCGAAGUCUGCAAACGUUGUGCCAAGUGUAAAUCAGGGGAGGAGGAGGUGAAGAAGUGCACCCCCUUUUCUAACACAGAGUGUCGAAAACGGAAUCCGUCCCCUACCAAAACCUCCCCUGCCCUUCCUACACCAACCCCUACUUCUUCACCAGACAUUGUUAUUCCGAUAUGCAUUUUCCUGGCCAUCGUCAUCAUCAUCAUGCUUGUGGGACUGGCUGUGUGGUGGAUCAGAAUCAAGCAGUAUUCAUGUGAAAUACCAUGUUCAAAGAGCCAUUGUGAUUCCAGUGAAAUUGUGAAGAUUCCUAUUGACGAGAGUGGAGCCACAGCAGAGGAGAGACAGAAUAAUCAGAACGCAGGUCUGGAGGGUGAGGAGUCCCGCCCAGAGUCACGGCCCCUGCUGCAAGAGACUCAGCCUGGGAUGACCAAGGCCUCCCCUCCCCUUGAAGAUGAGGACCGAGGGCUAGGAGACAGUUUGCCCAACACCACUAGUUCGUCUCAAACUAGCCUGUCAGCCCUGCCCACAGCAGCUUCCUCUGGUAACACCCCACACCAGAGCCCCACUGCCUUCAGACUGCCACCUGCAGACAUGGAUGAUCCUCUGCGACAUCGAUUGGUGCCACUACUAGGAUCAGAAAAAUCCCUAAAGAAGAGCUUUGAUUUGUUCGACGAGUACCUUGAUGUGCGGAUCCAUAACAAGUUCUUCAGAAUGAUUGGAGUCAGUGACAACCACAUUCGGAUAGCAGAGAAUGGCGCACUUGGUGACAAAGUGUAUGAACUGCUGAAGAACUGGAUGCAGAGGCAGGGACUAAAAGCCGACAUCAAUGACCUGUUAGAGGCUUUGCUAAGUAUGGACCAGCGACGCUCGGCUGAGAGCAUCGCCUCUGCAGCCCUGCAGAGAGGCUACUACAAGCACGCGGACACACCCUGAAAGCAGAAGAAACAGGAACUGCAAUUGAAGUAAACACAAAGUACUUAAUACAAGAAAAACUAAAAGCACAUAGACACUAUCGGUGGACAUUGUGUCUCACAAACAGGCUUACCUCUUUGUGGCUGACCAGCCAUGUAUUCAAAAGCCAGUAGUUUUCAAAAGAAAAACACAAAAAGGGGAAGGUCGAGCCGUAUUGAUCAGAGCUCUGAGGAUGUUGACUACUUGCCAAAUGCGGAGGUGUAAUAAUGAAAAUGAAGAAUAAGUUUUGUUGGCAAAUUUAACAACAUUACCAUCAAAGACAAACAUAAAAAGGUUUUUUUUUUUUUUUUUUUUUUUUUUUUUAAAAAGAGCAGAAUAACAUAAAGGUGUCAACUUCCACAUGCAGAAAUGGCUGCAUGUUUUAGGCUCUAAUGAAGCAACAUGCAUCCAAAUACUGAAAGCUUAGAAGUCUCUGGGCGUGUGUCUCUCAUCUGGUCUACCCAGAUCAUAAUACACUACCUGGAGACAAGAAUAUACACUGGUUUGUAGGAGUGGCAUUAGCUAUGUCACUAAUACUGUGCCUCUUUGUUGCACUGACCUCUGGCACAUGUAGGAUUUGAAACUACAAUCAUGCUAUAUUUGUUGUUUGGUAGAUUAGGCUUAUCUGAAACCAUAUGUAACAGCUCAUGAACAUUUUCCUAAUGAUAGGAAAAUAUAGUCCAUUUGUUAUGACAACGGUCACUUCGCAGCCUUACUAAUCACAAGAUUUACCUCUUCUAUGCCAUUUGAUAAUCUAAAUUUAUUUAGGUUUAAUUUUUCAUUAUGAUUUCAUUAUGUUCAUAGAGCCUAGUGAUUCAGAAAGUGUCAUGGAUUUUGUACAAUCAAGUCACAUUGGAGACAUGUUUUCAGUUUUUGUCAUCCAGUCAUUUAUAUGUUCAGUGUUACUACACACGACAUUGUAGAAGGAAUUUCACAAGCUGUUUAGUCAAAUGUUUCUAUAAUGUUUCCAUAUAACUUGGAGAACUUCAAGGUCAUUUUAUUUAUUGACAUAUUUAUUGUAAUGAAUAAUAAUUCACUUUCCUUAUUUAUACCAUUGCCAAAAACGACCCUGGAAAACAGGCACACACUGUAUUUGUGUUGUGAUAACGUUUAGUUACAGGGCAAAAUGACUGACAUCAAAUUGUUCAAGGUGUGGUUGAAACUUGCAGUGUUUAGUUGAACUCUGUUUCUGCAUGCUACACUGCGUUUAGUGCAGCACUCUGGUCCACACUGUCAAUGUGUCAAUGUUACGUGUGCCAUUUCUUCACAAGUGAGUUUCCACUGAGACCACAUUCAGCACAGUGUUGAAGCUUUCAUGAUGCUAAAUGCAGAAUGAGUCAUUUCAAAUUGGAGAUGAGGUGACAUCAGUCUUAGAAAAUGAGGACUGACCUCUAGAGUCCAACCGUUAUAGUGAACCGUCUGACCAAAUAGUCCUUCUGUACAUGUCAGCGGUGACAUGGGAUGCAGGUACGGAUUGUUUUGUCUUGGUUAGACUCAGACAAGAUGAAGGAAACCUUUUUCUGGAUUUAAAAAGAAACUCAAAUUUAUUUCCCUAAUUCUGUCACAUGUACAUACAAAUGUCCAGAGAGCAUACAAGCCUCACAAAGUGUAUAUGUAUAUAUGCAACUCUAUUAACAAACCAAAAUGAAUAUAGUGAGGUAUGAAGUUAUUAAGAACAACAGAAACACCAGCCAGAGUGGCUGACUGUUGAGGUUGUGACAUUUUAAACUAGAUUUUGCCCAUUUACCUGCAGUCUCUUAUGUAUAAAGGAAAGAGUUAGAGUUAUAUAUUAUUGCUGAAGAGUGAUGCUACAGUGCUGGCACUGCCAUCUAUUGACAGACAAUGAAAACAGCCUGCAUCAAUUUCUAGGGACCCUAUACACCCAUCUCUCACCUAACAUUCUCCCUUUUAUCUUUUUUUUUUUUUUUUAAUGAAUCCAUUUCUCAACUCUUAGCCUUUUUUGUUUUAAAAUUUCUCUUGGCCUUUCCUGAAGUUGCAUAGCAGUGAAUAGGCUUCAGUGUGUGUUUUGUUCACUCUGUGGCAGUUCAUGUGAGUGUACCUUUCUUUCUUUUUUUUAUAUUUUCUGUGUUUUUACUUUUACAUAUUUAAUUCAAGUCCUAAGCUGUUCAAUUAACUUCCUUUUACUUGUGUAAAAAAACGUUCUGUUCAGCGUUGCAAUUAAGCCAUUUCCCCCUUAGUUAUUGUUUGCUUGUCAUGGAUUUCAGAUAUAAAUUAUGCAAAUACAUCAAAGCUGUUUUUAUGUCAAUUUUAAAUAAAUGUUUUGUACAGACAA